CUGGAUCGAUGGUAGCUGCUGUAGUGGCUGUGGUGUGCAUCAUCCUAGGAAUUGCUGUGGCAGCUAUCUGCUUAAAAAAGAGGCCUCGCCCAGUAAUGGACAGAUACAAGCUCUUCCUAACUGUUUCAGUGCUGAGCUGUCUGAGUCAUGGCUGGGAGGUUCAGGUGCCACAAUCAGUUAAAGCUGUUAAGGGCAGCUGUGUGAUGAUAUCGUGCCACACCAGCUCACACAGUCACGUGAAUUGGUACAAGUAUAAAGGUGUAGGGUACCCUGUAGUGUAUUCUAGAAACACUGCAGAUAUAAUAGCUGAGUUUAGAGGAAGAACAUCAGUGCCUGGAAGUCCCAGUCAGGGAGACUGCAGCUUAAAGAUCAACAAUGUCCGCCAGGAAGAUAACGGAAUAAGCCUGUAUCCAUGGAUCUAUCCAGAGACAUCUAGCAACCAAUAUAAAUACAUCCUAAUAAAUGUUGUGAACCCUGAGAUUAGCAUUUCCGUAGAGAACUCACGAACGGAAGGAAAUGUAUUCUCUGCCACCUGCACAGUCCGACAUUCCUGUCCUUCGUCCCCUCCACCAGUGGAGUGGAUGGGUUUGUCUUACGUUUCUAACAAGGUGAUCAGCAACACACCCUCAGGAGGACUGUGGACUUCAGUGACCCAAGCACAGUUCAAAGCAACCUAUCUAGACAACAGGAGGACGCUCAGCUGCAAGAGUACAUUCAACGGCAAUUCUAUAUAUAGUACAACUGUUACACUCAGCAUCUUCUACGCCCCCAAAGAUGUGAAAAUAGAUGGAGCUGAUAGAAGUGUGGUUGAGGGUGGUACGAUCUCACUCACAUGUACUAGUAGAAGCAACCCUGAACCAACUGACUACGAGUGGCUUAUCACCCAAAAGGGUUCCCCCACGACCAAAACAGCACCAAAAACGUUUUCCCUUGGAGAUGUGAAACGAGACACAUCAGUCUCCUGCACUGCCAAGAACUCAGCUGGAAGAGGUCAAUCAGUGUCAGUACUGCUGAAUGUCCAUUACGCCCCUGAAGAUGUGAAAAUAGAUGGCGCAGAUAGAAGUGUGGUUGAGGAUGGUACGAUCUCACUUACGUGUACUAGUAAGAGCAAUCCUGCACCAAAUGAGUACAAAUGGCUUGUUACCCAAAAGGGUUCCACCACGACCAAAACAGCACCAAAAUCGUUUUCCCUUGGAUCUGUCAAACGAGACACGUCAGUCGCCUGCAUUGCCCAGAACUCCGUUGGAAGUCGUCAAUCAAAUCCAGUGCUGCUGAAAGUCCAUUACGCCCCUGAAGAUGUUAAAAUAGAUGGAGCAGAUAGAAGUGUGGUUGAGGGUGGUACGAUCUCACUGACGUGUACUAGUAAGAGCAAUCCUGAACCAACUGACUACGAGUGGCUUGUUACCCAAAAGGGUUCACCCACGACCCACAGAGCACCAAAAACGUUUUCCCUUGAAGCUGUCAAACGAGACACGUCAGUCUCCUGCACUGCCCGUAACUCUGUUGGAAGAGGCCAAUCAGCGCAAGUACUGCUGAAUGUCCACUACGCUCCCACAGAAGUGAAAGUAGAUGGAGGUGAUGUAAGUGUGGUUGAGGGUGGUACGGUCUCGCUCACAUGUACUAGUAAGAGCAAUCCUGCAUUAACUGACUAUGAGUGGCUUGUCACUCAAAAGAGUUCCACAACGACCCACAGAGCACCGAAAACGUUUUCCCUUGGAUCUGUCAAACGAGACACGUCAGUCUCCUGCGUUGCCCAGAACUCUAUUGGAAGAGGUCAAUCAGCGCCAGUACUGCUGAAUGUCCACUUUCCUCCCACCAUCCUGAUGGACUCAACAUGCUUUAGGUCAGCUGGAGGUGUCCAGUGUGUGUGUCGAGCGGAAGCAGAGCCCAAAGCUAACAUCUUCUGGACAGUUAAUGGGAGCAGCGCUCUCUUUCCACACUUCAACACAACGUCUAAAUAUGCUGGAAGAAUAGCAGUGUCGGAGCUUACAGGACCACUAGCCAGCAACGUGUCCUGUAAUGCGUCCAACAUCGUGGGGACAGACUCUUAUCAGAUGCCAAUGCAGCAGUCACUGUUAGAAGGAAACUCUGUACUAAUACUAGCUGCAGUAGUGGCUCUGGUGUGCAUCAUCCUAGGAAUUGCUGUGGUGGCUAUCUGCUUAAAAAAGAGACACCAGCUUCCAGCUGACUCCACCUUCAGGUCAUGUACAGAGUCCAGUGGAAAGAGUAUCGACCAGUUUAGGACUAAUGACUUGAAUCUUAAUGACAAUAUCUAUGUGAACAAUGAAGCUGAAGAGGAUAUCUAUGCUAACACCAUGGACACUCCACAGUCAAACAAGGAUGACGGGUACGACAUCUACCAGAACUACUGAGACCUUCCUGACAUCGAGAGAUCUGCUCCUCAAAGCUGAACUUCAGUAGCCUACAGCCUGCAAUGUUCUGCCUUUACUGGUGAAGAAUUUAAGUUUGAGUAUUCAUUUAACUCAGUAGACCCUCAAAUAUAACUCACAUAAGAAGGCUUAAAGAAGACUUUGUUGUCAUUAUGUGUGGGCUGUAGCCUUAAGGCCCAUAACUAUGUGGGUCACUUGUUCUAAGUUCUAAGUUCUAAGUGUUGUUGUUUUGCAUGAGUUUUGUAUGCAGCAAAUUAAGCACUUUCUUUGCUUUAAAAAUGAGUGCAAUAAUGCUUCAUAAGGCCUCAAUUUUGAAGGCAUUUUAACCCCAUAUUUACUCAAAACAGACUAAUUCACACAC